UAAGUACAAGGACAGCUGAGACACUUGGAUUGGCAAGUAUAAUAGAAAAUUCCCUCACUAAGAUGGUGUUUUUUUAUUUAUUUUCAGCUGGUUUUUCUGCUAAACCAUUUUCACUGCUAGCUGUGUCCAUUACUAGAGGAAGUGUUUCGACUUCCAACUGUGCCAUUACUAAAAUCUCUUCCCAUUAAUGUUAGACAAAAGCUCACAGUCUUCGAGGAAGACAGCAUGUGGAAGCCGUAACUGCAUCUACUCCAGGUCCCCCCACCACACCAAAUCCUAAGCUUCUCAACAAAAAUGCAAAAUAUUCACUGCACUAUCGUUCACUAGUUGGUGUUUCAUCGGGAAGGAAAAACUUUCAUAGCAAACUUUUCCAAUUGCCUGUUCGAUAGCAUUUUUAAGUCCUAUAUUGCUUCUUCUAAAGGGGUCAAGCAAGAAUCUUUUUAACCUCUCUUUCUGCUUAUCUCCAAAGAUCAGUUUAUUAUUUGACUCUGUGUUUUCUUUGUUUCUGCAUAGUGGGUGGUUUUGAACCUGUUCCAAAGCUCAGCAUUUACAGAUUCCUUUUUAUGGAUUUGAGGUAAAUUCUUGAGUCAUUGUAACUGAGUCACGUGUAGUUUUUAACAAAACCAUACAAAAAUCGAACAGUUCAUGCUGAAGUUGUGCCAACUUAUUUUGAUCCUUCACAGAUGCUUGAAAGCUCCAUAAAGUGUGUGGAGUGAUAAGAGAGUUCUUCCAUGGGGCACUGUAGUUUGUUUCUUCUGUCAUGUCUUCUGUGGGGUUUUCUCAUUACUGGUACUCAUCAAUUACAAUCCUCACAAACACAAGUCCUUCUUCAGAUAAGGAAGCAUUUAGAGUAUCCAAGUCAACUAGAAAUUUGGAAUAAUCAUGGAAUGGAUUUAUGCUAUUUAUCUCCAUCCACACAAGUUAAUAUGACAUGCCAGAACAAUGUUGUUACUGAGCUUAGAAUUGUGGGAGACAAGCCAGCCAAGGUCAAUAACUUCGUGGGAUUUGCAAUUCCAAAUCAAACUUUAUCAGGAAGCUUCUCUAUGGAUUCUUUUGUGACCACUCUUUCAAGGCUAACCAGCUUGAGAGUUCUUAGUCUUGUGUCUUUAGGCAUUUGGGGUCCCCUUCCAGACAAAAUUCAUAGGUUGUCUUCACUUGAAUAUUUGGAUUUGAGUUCAAAUAAUCUCUUUGGUUCCAUCCCCCCUAAGAUUUCUACAAUGGUGAAACUUCAAACUCUUAACCUUGACGACAAUUUCUUCAAUGGUACAGUCCCGAAUUGGUUCGAUUCAUUGUCUAAUCUGACAAUUCUAAGCAUAAGGAACAACCAGUUGAAAGGUGCAUUUCCAUCUUCAAUCCAGAGAGUAACCACACUUGUUGAUCUUAUUCUUUCUGGCAAUGAUUUAUCCGGGAAGUUGCCGAAUCUUGACAGGUUAAGUAAACUGAAUGUGCUAGAUUUGAGUGGAAACAGUUUAGAUUCUGAUCUACCUUCAAUGCCUAAAGGGUUGGUCAUGGCUUUCCUUAGCAACAACUCCUUGUCUGGUGAGGUUCCAGGGAAAUAUAGCCAGCUGAGUCAGCUUCAGCAUUUCGAUAUGUCAUUCAAUAAACUAAGUGGAAAACUCCCUGCUUCCCUUCUCUCAUUGCCCAACAUCAGCUACUUGAAUUUGGCAUCAAAUAUGUUAAGUGGUUCACUUCCAGAUCAUCUAAACUGUGGCAGCAAACUCCAGCUUGUUGAUAUAUCUAAUAACAGAUUAACUGGUGGAUUGCCUUAUUGUUUGAGUACUGAAUCAGGAAAUAGAGUGGUAAAGUUAGGUGGAAAUUGCUUAUCUGUUGAUUUACGUCAUCAGCAUGCAGAAUCAUCUUGUAUAGAUGUUCCUGUAAAAAGGAAACCAUCUGGAGAGAAAAAAAUAGUGGUAUUAGUUGGUGUGAUUGCUGGUAUAUUUGUCAUUAUAGUUCUCCUGGCUUUCGGUCUUCUCAUGGUGUGCAAAAGAUAUUGCCCUCUAGGGAUAUCGGAGCAGCAUUUGUUGCACAAAGCAGCACAAGAGAAAUCAGUGACAGGAUUCUCCUCGGAGAUCCUCUCUAAUGCAAGCUUUAUUUCUGAGGCUGCAAAUUUGGGUAUACAAGGUCGCCCAGCUUGCCGAUCAUUCACAAUAGAAGAGUUAAAGGAAGCAACAAACAACUUUAAUAACUCUGCCAUUUUGGGCGAUGGUUCACAUGGAAAGCUUUACAGAGGAACAUUAGAGAAUGGAACCCAGGUUGCUAUAAGGCGCAUACCUUCAUCAAAGAAAUAUUCGAUGCGAAAUCUUAAACUCAGGCUGGACUUGCUUGCAAAGCUUCGCCACCCGCAUCUGGUUUGCCUUUUGGGACACUGCAUUGAUGGUGGGGAACAAGAUUACACAGUGAACAAAGUCUUCCUUGUAUACGAAUAUGUUUCUAACGGCAACUUCGGAGCUUAUCUCUCUGAGGACAAUCCUGGAAAGGUUCUAAAUUGGUCAGAGAGACUGGCAGUGCUAAUUAGUGUCGCAAAGGCUAUUCAUUUUUUGCAUACUGGAGUUAUUCCUGGUUUUUUUAACAAUCGAUUGAAGGCAAACAAUAUCCUGCUUGAUGAGUAUGGGAUAGCAAAGUUGAGUGACUAUGGACUUUCCAUCGUCUCUGAAGCAGCUGGAACUUGUGGGGAAAAUGGAGAAGGCCCUAAAUCAUGGCAAUUGGAAAGAUUAGAGGAUGAUGUUUGUAGCUUUGGCUUCAUAUUACUUGAAUCACUCGUUGGCCCUUCAGUAUCCGCCAGAAGAGACAAGUUUCUACUAGAUGAAUUGGCAUCUUGUAGCAGCCAAGAGGGGCGCCAAAAAUUGUUAAGCCCAAUUGUUCUGGCCACAUGCUCACACGAAUCUUUAUCAAUUGUGGUUACCAUAACGAACAAAUGCAUAUGUUCUGAAUCAUGGAGUCGUCCAUCAUUUGAGGACAUUCUUUGGAACUUGCAGUAUGCAGUUCAGGUCCAGGGAACAGCAGAUGGCGAACACCAUCGAUGAGUUGUAUAUCAGUUGCUCCAAGAGAUUGCCUCCCCAUCUUUCGUAUCCUCGCAGCAUGAGUUGCACAACACAAAUUUGAAGCUGUUUACCUCAAUCUGAGAAUCAAAAUAGCAAUAUGCAUCAUCACUUCUUCCCACUUUCAAGAAUUGUAGCAUAUGAGUCUGUGUCCAUUGUAAAGACUAACCAAAGAUCAAUUAGCAAGGAAGAAAUUUACACAACUCAUUUUUGCUAAUUUAAUAUUGUUGGAAAAAGCUGCUACAAAUGUCAACGUUUCGAGAGAUUUCAUGUUA